GACGUUUUCCCGUCAUCCUCUUUCAAUCGUGUGCGGCGGUCGUGGGCUCUAGCAGAGUGACGGCGCCCUACGUGUGUGACACAAAAUUCCAAUUUUCUUUUCGAACCAUUUUUGAAAGUGAUUAUUCGAGUCGAAAAGGACGUGUUUCGGUCGGAUUGUGCGCGAAAAAGUGAUUUUCUUCCGGCAGGCCCCAGGAAUAACAAUCAUCCGAAAAGUAAAGAGAUUCCGGAGAAGUUGAGCUACGAGCAGCAAAACCGCGACGACAAUGGCUGGCAAAUCCAACGAAGAGGUUGAGAAGCAAACGGAAAACACCGAGCAGAACCACGCCGAUCAGGGAGUCGUCGUCGAUCCGGAAUGUCUGAUCAAGCACCCGCUGCAGUCGACCUGGACGCUCUGGUACCAGGAACCGGACCGCAGCAAAUCGUGGGAAGACACCCUCAACGAGGUGACCAGCUUUUCCACGGUGGAGGACUUUUGGAGCUUGUACAAUCACAUCAAGAGCCCGGCCGACAUCAAGGUCGGUAGCGAUUACUCUUUAUUCAAGAAGGACAUCCGUCCGAUGUGGGAAGACGAGGGCAAUAAGCGCGGCGGUCGGUGGAUGGUCAAUGUGCCGCGGUCGCAGCGUCAGGAACUGGACAAGUAUUGGCUGGAUACGAUUUUGUGUCUCAUCGGAGAGGCCUUCGAAAGUUCAGAUGAUAUCUGCGGAGCCGUGGUGAACGUACGCCCGAAAGGAGACAAAAUUGCCAUUUGGACUUCCAACUUCCAGAACCGUGAAGCCGUUCUCAACAUUGGUCGCAUUUAUAAGGAACGGUUAGGACUGAAUGCACCGCUCACAUACCAUCUUCACAAGGACACAAUGGUCAAAUCCGGAUCGAGCGUGAAAGCCGUCUUCACCCUGUAGGCUCCUCCGUUUUUUUUUUUGCCGCGUAAAACUAUCCCUUUUUGUUUCCCUUUAUCGCUCUACUCCCCUUGUUGAUUUCCCUUGAACGCGGUUACUUCUUUACUUCUGCCGAACAACUUAGUCACUGUCCGCUAGUAGAUUCUAGUGGGGCAAAGAUUGGAUUUCCAACGAAAGCAAACGAAGAGCAGACAGAAUUUAUUAACUAUUAUCGAUGCGGAAGUCCUACAUGUAGACACGUAUAUUUACGACUUAAGCAUACAACACGCUUUCCUCCUUCUCGGUUAUCGUAAUUUCCCUUCCUGCUUUCUCUCGUGUUAGUCAAAUGCAGGAUAAAACACACUGAAACAUACAUAUUUAUAUUAUGAAUUAAUGCUAAAUAAAAGAAUUUAUACGAAAGAACCCAACAUUGAACUAGUUAGAAGAACACACAUUGUCCGAACGUUGAAAUACCGAAACCUAUUGUAGGAUGCAAUCGAUUGCGCAUGAAGAGAAAGGGGCGUGUUGGAGACGAAGAGAAGGUGGUAAGACGAAAAAAUAUGUUAGGAAGAAAAUCACCACUUUUUAUGGAAACUGA